AUGGAUGAACGGGCUAAAUUUGUGGAGGAAUCGUUAGAUGUUGAGUCUGGUGAUGUUCGGUUCCUAGUAAUCCAUGGAGAACGUGGCACAGGGAAAAAAACUCUUGCCAGAGCCCUUUUCCUGCAACUCUCUGCACGAUUUCAAGGAAACAAUGUCGGUGACAAUUCUGGCAAGUCAAGAUCUGCCAAAGAAAGCUUUCGAGACAAGAAAUUUCUCACAGUCCUCGAUGGUGUGGACAAAUGGCAACAAAUCAAGAAAGUAGCAGGCAGGUCUACUUGGUUUGGUUCUGGAAGUAGGAUAAUAAUUACGUCCCCAAAUAGAGGGGUUCUGCCGACUCAACCUGAAGUAUCAGAAGAACGCAACCUGAACCAAGCAAGAGAAGUUUUUGGUUUCGAAAUGAAGGAGAUGGAGCUUAACCAAGCAGUUCAAGUCUUUAGCAGGUAUGCUUUUGGGCAAGACUCGCCAUUGGAAACUUUUGAAAACUGGUCCCUCCAAAUUGUCAUGUAUUCUCAAAAGCUACCUUUGAUCCUUGAGAUCAUGGGUUCUCUUCUUCAUCGCAUGUGUGAUACACAAAGAUGGGAUCAGAUAAUACAGAGCCUAAUGGAUUCAACAACAGUAAAGGACAAGUUGAGGAUAAGUUAUGAUGCAUUGAAGGACAACGCAAGGACAGUUUUUCUUGAUAUUGCGUGCUUUUUCAGAGCUCGGAAGGAUAUUGUUGGUAAUAAUUAUUGUGAUCCACUUUGGAAGCAUAACAGAGUGUGGAUACAUGAAGAAGCAUUGAAAGUGCUAAAGAAUAAAGAGAUACAGGAGAAUAACUUGAGAGUUAUUGACCUAAAAUGUUGCGGUAUCUUAACCAAGACUCCCCCGUUUAUCUCAGUUCAAGAAUCUGGAGAGACUGAAAUUGACCAUUCGAUUGGAGAAUUGAGGGGCUUAAAGUGCUUGAAUAUUAAGGGAUGUGAUUCUCUAGAGAAGUUACCUGAGGAAAUAUGCUCCCUCGAAAUGUUGACAGAGAUUCUAAUCACGAAAAAGGUUUGCAAUUCCUUUGGCUUGCCAGAGUCGAUUGGCUCGCUGAAAUCAUUGACAACCCUCGAAAUUGUCAGUGUCAGGAUGGCUCAAAUUCCAGAGUCCAUUGGAAGUUUGGAGAACCUUCAGCGCCUGUCUUUACUUGGGUGCUCCGGUUUUGAGAAACUACCAAAAUCAUUUGGGCAGUUAAAAUCACUGGUUGAGCUGGAUAUAGCAGACACGCAAAUCAUCGGAUUGCCCAAGUCAAUUAGAAAGCUGAAGGAGCUGAAAGUGAUAAAGAUGGAACAUAGUUCAAUAAAGAAGUCGCCACGUACUAUUGGCAAGGUGGAAAAGCUUGAAGAGCUGCAUGCUAAACACAGUAGAGAUUUGCAGGGCGAAGUUCCAGAUGGAAUCGGAAUGUUCUGCCAUUUGAAAAUAUCAGACUUGUCACAUACCUCUCUUGGCAGGUUACCAGAAAAUUUAAGCCAGCUCACUCAUCUCAAGAAACUACAGAUACAACCAUGCUCACCCGGAAGUACUUUGUCCCACUUGGUAAUCGACACCAGGCAUUAUCAUCCACUGACUGAACGGUACAAUUUGGAAUUGACCAAACUAGAGAAGUUGGAACUGCAUGUUCCAAAUGUCCCCAACUUGAAGCCUAAAUUCCAGUUCCCUGAUAUGCUGAAGUCGCUUCAUCUGUCUUGCCAGGACUUGCACUGCUGCUCGGAGCUCCCAUCCAGUUUAUCUAAGCUGACCCUGACAAAUGUUGCGGUAAAUACGAGAUUGCUACACUUGGACAAUUUGGAAAGGUUGUCAUCCUUAGAGUUACUCAAUUGCGAGUUAAUUGAUGAUAGGGGCACCAUCGAAAUCGGUAGAUUAGCCACAUUGGUGCAUUUCUCCGCAUCAAGGUGCCUCUUUAGCAUUGCCAAUGGACUUCGUCCACCAAAGACUCUGAGAGUGCUGAACGUAAUUGAAUGUGAAUUCCGCAAUACCAUACUUCACCUUUCAGGCUUGAAGUGUCUAAAGCGACUGGAGAUAUCGUACUGA